AUGGCACCCCAAAUUGUUCGAUUGCCCGACGGUCAGACCUUUACCGUUACACCCGUCUUUGCUGGCCUUGGUUUCAAGAGCCACGAGCUCAACACGCAUCACAAUGCCUUCCCCGUUGGAUGGACCGUGGUCCUGAAUACAGAAUCCGAAUGCGAUACCGACGAUAGUAAUACUGAGAGACAAGAUGGGGAAGCGGAGGAGAAUGGUGUCGCGCUCGAUAGCCCGAAGCGACAGUUCCAUUCGUUCGAUAAACCGACACUGCAAGGCGACAACCUCUUCAUCUCGUCCAUCGCGAACCCUUCCAGCUCCGAGUUCAAACCCGCCGCGAGCCCCACACGGCAGAUAGCCAUGAUGCUAUGGAUUACGCUCUACUGGUACUUCCACCAACCCGAACCCGCGCCUCAGAUAUCCGCGCAAGAAUCAGAGAAGACACCACAGGUCGCCAAGCCGCGGGGUGAAUGGAAGAUCAAUAUCAAGAGGGAUGGCGUGUUGCGAGGGCGCAAUUUGAUUCCCAAGCUUGAGCGCAUGGGGCUCAUAACCUCUGGACAAAGCGCUGUUGGGACGAGUCUGGAUGACAACGGCGACGAUUGGUCUAAUAUGUUCGUAUCGAAGCGCAUGUUUUGGCAACUCCCUGGGCGAUUGUUCUUGUUCUCUCUUCGGCCGAAUAAAUCGGGUUCGACGUAUGAUUCGGUUCCUGGAUCACCAAUUGGCAGUCGCCCAACAUCACCUCUACCAUUGGAACCAGCGUCGCCUUUCCACAAGGCGUUUCAACGCCAUUCGCCGCAUUCAUCUAUCAAUCGAAUUGAUCAUGAUCUUCCUGGCGGUCCUAUGCCGACUUCCAUGUCAUCACCACCGAGCUUUCCCAUCGGUCCUUUCUAUUCUAGCUCACAUCUCCCGACUUACUACCCGCCUCCUCCUCUUCAAUACGUCUUUACGAAUAAUAUCCGUCAUCCAAUGAGACCGAAGCCUCCAAGGAUGGGCGAAGUGUUUUACACUAGAUUUGUUCCCAGUGUCGAUCAGUAUCUCUCGUUUCGAGUCGCUUCCAUCUCGCCCAAUCCAGUGCCUUACCUAGGCCCAGUUGGACCAAAACCACCAGAACAAUCUCAUCUGACUACGAUGAGCGAUACGUCUUUGAUACAGAUGUGGAUGAAGAAACCUCGCGUGAGCGCCUUCUGGGGCGAAUACGAUGACAAAUUCCUCACCAAUAUUCUCAACCAGCCAAACUCUUUUCCUGUUAUCGGACUAUGGGAUGGAGUACCAUUUGGAUACUUUGAGGUUUACUGGGUAAAAGAGGAUAUCCUUGGUCAGCACAUCGGUGGCGAAGCGGCGGAUUGGGAUAGAGGUCUUCAUGUGUUUAUCGGAGAAGAGUGGGCAAGAGGGCGUGUUCCAAUCUGGUUGGCGGGGUUAGUUCAUUGGUGCUUUACAUCGGAUUACCGAACAAUGAGUGUGUGUCUUGAACCGAGAGUGGACAAUGCAAGGUUCUUGCAAGGACUUGAACGUACGGGCUUUUCGCGCGAGAGGCAGGUUUCGUUUCCUCAUAAGCAAUCUUGGCUUGUGCGAAUGCGUCGCGAACAAUGGGAGGGACCAGCACUAUAG